AUGAAACAUUUAUUCCGUAAUCCACGCCUGUUCCCACACCUUGAAGCCUGGUCAGGACAACUACCAGGCAUCACGUCUGGAUUCUUUCUCUGGAACUCUGGAACAGAACCGCAGAAGAGUUCUGUCGGCCUACUGCGAGCCAUCAUCUACGAAACCUUACAAGACUUGAUCUUUGGGCCGUUGGAAGAAGAUGGGAUCAUUGUGCAAAACCUAUUCUCGGAUCGCUGGAAUGCUUUCCUAUCCUACGCUGGCGGUCUGCACGAAUUUAAUUUCCCAGAACUAAAGGCGGCAUUCGAGGGCUUGGUCAGUGACGCGAAAAAGAAGUUCUUCUUCAUGAUUGACGGGCUGGAUGAGACGGAGGAUUAUCCGAAGGAGUUGAUGGACCUUGUGUUCAGCACUGCGCGAAGAGACAACGUCAAAUUCUUGCUCUCGGCUCGAAGCUCCCCAGCUUUCCAGUCAGCUUUUGAGAACAAGCCUAGAAUGAUGCUGGAAGAAUAUACCAAAGACGAUAUACAUACCUACUUGGCCACGACGUUCAACAUGGAGGCCAAGCUGCAGGCAUUGAGGGGAAAGAUGGACGGAGAAGAAGAAAGCACUAUUGUCAGGGUACUUGCGGAAAAGAGUUCAGGGGUGUUUCUGUGGGCACAACUCGCAACCAAGUUCCUCCUCGAAAACCUAGAACCCGACUCGGAUUUUCUCAUCUUGAAAGACCGCGCGGACGCCCUUCCCUACAUUCUCGACGACCUGCUCGCCCACAUACUCAGCAAACUCGCCCCAGAAGACAUUGAGGUAAUCAACAAACUGCACAACCUUCUCUCACACCAAAACACAUGUCCUGCUAUCCUUCCAUUCUCAUUUGCCUAUACAGCCGAAACACCAGCCACAUUAGCCGCUGAUGUACGGCCUUUGACAGCGGUCGAAAUAAGUAAGAGAGUAGAAGACAUGCAAGCCUUGACUCAACAGCGCUGCAAAGGGUUACUGUCUAUCUUUGACACCACGCCAUCCGACCAACAUGCCAGUUUUGAGAGCCUCAGAAUGAGUUACGCCCAUCGUGCGAUACGCGAUUACUUCCUCGCAUACCCCGGUCUACUGCAAACGAGCCUGAGCAACACAUCGGAAGAAAACAACUGGAAUCCAGCGCAACAAUGGGCGAAUGCUCAUCUUUGGUUACUUAAAACACUCUCUCCACCUACCACCAAACGCUCCAGCAAUGGCAAUACCAACUCGAAAACAUCAACACUCCACGUGUGGACCCCACUUUCUAGUGCAUUAGAAAGUAGCCUCGAGUUACACAUUGCCACAAACAAAUUCCCACUAACCUACAUCGACGCUGCCCUAACAACAGCCAUCUUCCUUGCACUACGAAGUGAAACCGGCCACGACCUUCCUCAAUACGCCUCAUCGUCACAUGUCGCGUCCACAUCAACAACACCUUCUGCAUCCACAACCCCGACAACCCUUACAACCCCCCUCGAUCUAGCCGUGCUCCUCAACCUCACCGCCUACAUCGCGCUGAAAGCCAAAACCACAGAUCGCCGUGAAGUACGCCACGCGCUCGACUACAGCCGCGGAAUGCGAAAACGAAUGGGCGUUGGAGGGGAGGAAGUCUGGUUAUCUGGACGGGGAAGGGAGAGGCUGAAGAAAGAGUUUGAGAAGGGGAGGCAAGACGGGGAGGCGCUGUUGGAGUAUUAUGCCAAGGCGGUUAGGUUCGGGGUCAGUAAGCCGGAGCUUGAAGCGCCGGAGUGGGUUUGA